AUGGCCAGUUUUUAUCGAAAUUUAUUGGACCAAACUAGUUCGGCAAAGGCUGCAGCCAUUGAAGCAAGUCGCUCGGCAUUAUCAUCUAAAAAAACAGAAAAACGUGCACGUUCCAGCUCAGCAUCAGAUAAUUCUGACGAAGAUGACAACAAACAUUUAAAAACUGAUAAAGAACUUGCAAAUCAAGCACGGGCGACUGGUAAAAUGGUAGUAUUGAAUGAUGACGAACAAAUUGUAGAUAAACGACAACUUUUCACAGAUUCACGGACAAAUUAUUAUAAUAAAAAAGCUAGUGAGGAUAAAUAUAGCUCAAAGAAUCGUGAUGAAAUGAAACGUCGUGAACGACAGAGCAGAGAACUGGAACAGCAAAUUUUGGAAACUCAACAGAAAAAAGAAGCAGAGGAAAAAGCCCGGGAGGAACAAAUUUUAAAACAAUUCGUUGCAAAAAAGAACGAUGAGCAAGCUAUAUCUGAUGCAAAGGCUAGAUAUUUGGCUAGAAAAAAGAAGGCUCAGAUAUAA